AUGCCGACGCACGGGCGUCGAUCUGCCCACUCUAGCCCAAGAACUGCAAAUGAGGCCGCUACUCUCAGCGGCCUUCCACAAGGAGAGGAGGUGACACUUCAAGCUGAUCCGGAAGAGGCCGCUGCAGGAACCGAUUCUGAACAAACCAUCUCCAAUGAAACUCCCGUUGAUGAGGAGGAGGAGUCCCUCCGCGUCGCUCGAGAGAUAGAGGAGGACCUAUUCGGGGCAGAACUGGCCAGGGAAAAUAAAGGAGGAAAAGCUCCAGGAGCGGCCGCUGGUGAGAAGAGGUCGAAGCGAAAGGAAGACCUCGCUCCAGCGCCUGUCAAGAAGCCGAUGGUGAAAGAGGCACUACGAAAAAAUCCAACACCCCAUCGGCGAGCGACAAGGCAGGAGAAGGGGAAGGGGAAAACGGUGGAAGAAGAAGCGCGCGAAGACAUGAUCCCGCUUUCCAGACUAAUGAAGGGGAUCACAAUCAGAGAACCCACUGCUCAACCCGAAAGACCUUCACCAGCGAGGCUAGCAACGGAGGGGGUGUCACCCGAGCCGCCACAGAGUCCACUGGGCAAUGAACCUGUUCCCUUCAACCAGCAUAGGGCAGGUGAGUCAACUGCUGCUGGACCAGACAAUGAAACCACACCAGUUAACCAGCCGGGAGCGGUGGAGCCUACUGCUCUUGGACCAGAGGAGGAGCGGAAGACCAUCAUAACCGAAGAAACCAUCGGCGGGAUUGAUGUCACAGUGGAAUCUUAUAAGGAGUAUCCCGCCGAGGUCCUCGCUGCCACAACCGCUGAAGCUGCCAAUGAAACCGAGAGGGUUGAGGCAGUCAUAACAAAUCUUUCCCUUCUGCAGGUGUCUCCACGCAGUCCCAGAACGCCAAUAACAACUGGAACACCGGCAGAAACUCUAACUCCGGCCUCAACAAAAUCUGACAAAACAAUCUUCGAUGAGGAGGAGGAUGAAGAGGAAAAGCGAUUCCGGGAAGAACAAGCUCAGCUGUUCGUUGCAAUACAACAGCUAGAAUAG